GAGCUCCAGGUCCAGUCCCGGCCCCCAGCGGAGCCGGGGCGGGAGCGGUGGAGGAUGCUGCACGGGGAUGGUGCUACUGAGCUUGGUCGUGCCCACGCUGGCGGUGCUACUUCUGAGUCCGCACCCCGGAGCCCGAGCGCAAGGACUGCUCAGCCCUGCAUCUGUGCGGUUUAAAGCGGAAUUCUUCCACCAUGUCCUCUACUGGACUCCGAGCCCCAAUCAGUCCGAAAGCACCUAUUACGAAGUGGAAAUCCUGAGGUAUGGCCAAGAGUUCUGGACUCCCAUUCCUAGCUGUAAACAGACUCUGGCACGGCACUGCGACAUCACUAUGAAAACACUGGACCUCUAUCACAACAACGGUUACCUAGCCCAAGUCCGAGCCGUGAAGGGAGACCAGUACUCAGACUGGACUGAGACCGGCACCCGCUUUAGCAAGGACGAAGUGACACUGACCAUUGGCAGCUUCGAGUUGAAGGUAAACAACAGCUUCAUCUUUGUGACCAUCGAGCCUCCCAGGCCCCAGAUCGCGCCUCCAGACGACACUUAUGAAAAAAUCUUCCCCGACUACGAGUAUGCUAUCGCUGUUCGCAAGGUGCCAGAGAACUAUACGUUCCAUAAGAAGAAAAGCUUCAACUUUCCCAUAGCCGGACGGGUGGGAGAGUUCUGCGUCAAGGUGAAACCAGCUAUCUCCAGUAGCACAAACCCAGGUCUAUGGUCCGAGGAGAAGUGUGUGAAGCUCACCCAGCAUUAUAUCACAGCUAUCAACAUUCUGCUCUUCAUUGUCUUCGUGCUGCUGCUUUUUGGGGUGCUGGCCACGUGCCUGGGCUUCCAGCUCUACGUGCACCACAGCAGGAAGCUGCCUGCUGUCCUGGUCUUUGAGGAGUCCACCCCCCUGGACCUCAUGAGUCAGCCUCUCCGCCAAGACCUUAUUCACCCACUAGACCAGGAGGCUUUCCCCGAGGUCUGCCCAAAAUUGCAGGACUCAAAGCUGUACAGCAAUACAGGUAAAAGCUUUGGCACCACCAUUCAGCCCUCUUUGCCCACCCAAGAGAUACAGUUCCUGGUGGGUCCCCAGACAGAGGACAUUCUGGAAAAGAGUGCAGCCCUGCAGGUACAGCAAAGCGCCAGCAACAACAGCACAGACAGUGGCAUCUGCUUGCAGGAGACCAGUCUGUGUCCUGGCUCCGGUGUCCACUGGGAACCUCGAGGGGAGAAUGACAGUGGUGUCAGCCUGGCCCAAAACCCUGAGGGGCAGCCUGCAUGUGAAGAGAGUGGCCUAGCCACUGACCAAUGCAAUCCCUUGGGACCUGAGGAGCCCAGGGAGGAGGACCCAGUGGAAGUAGCAUUCCAAGGCUACCUAAAACAGACCCGAGACAAAGAGAAGACAGUGCAGGAGGGCUGCCUGAAAGAAGAGCCAUGCUCCCCGGAUGGCCUUGACCCCAAAUUCCAGGCAUGCCUAGAAGCUGAGAUGGGCUGGCCUCCACCAGCACUGGCCAAGGGAUAUGUGAAACAGGACAAUCCAGGAAGGACUCUUGUUCCUGAAGAGGACUCAGAUGAACAGUGGAACCGUACAACAGAGGAAUGGUCCCUCCUGGCCGUGACUACCUAUGGAGACCUGGGAGCACCUGGCUGGGGCUUUGCUCACGACCUGGCCCCUCUGGACUUUGUGGCCACCAAUGGGGGUCUCUUGAGCAGCCUUGACGCAGACCUAGUAUCCCUGCCCCUCAUCUCCAGCCUGCACUUGGACGAGUGACUCAGGGUCACACAGGGCUGGGACACUCGCUGCCCGGCCAUGCUGCGUUUGUCCUCAUCCAGGCUAGGACCAGGCGAACUGGACAUGCCCAUGAGGAAUGCAGAACUGAACAUACCCACACUGGUGUUCUGUAUCACACACAGGACGCAGAUGUGAACACGCCAAGUGGGGGUGCAGACCUA